AUGCAUCUGCUCCGUACCUACUCGCGACUACGCAGACGGGCUGCGCAAUCAUCUUUCGAAGCGCUGGGCCAGCAAGGUCUGCGUGCUAUCUCCACUCCGCAAAGCGCUCCUCGAGCUGAAUACCAGCGAAACGCAACAAUGUCAAGAGCUUUCAUAUGCUACAGCUAUGGCAUCGACUAUCAGAACGGAGGCAGCUACUUCAUUGACUCCCGGUCAAAUGCGAGCUUCACCUGCGUUUCGCAAUUUGAGAGCUGUGUAGAAGACACCUACUCAAACAUAAUCCUGGUCAACGACGAUACUGGUGAUCAAGUACUGUGUACAGAUGUUCCGACAACGCCAGAUCUUGUCUCUCAAAUGUCGACAUGUCCAAUCACCAAAGAUGAGAUGACUUCUGGCGACUGGAGUAUCAUUGUCAUAGGCAACAAUGGCGACGGCUCUCCUUUCGGCUGGCAGCGCGAUUUCUAUCUAACUGUCGGCAUUCCACAAACAACUACGAUUACCAGCACCUUGACUUUCUCCGAAACCACAACACCAGUUGCUACCACAACGACCACGUCAACAAUCCAGACGACAACGAAUGUCCCGAAUAAGUCAACAGUCACGGUUGCUGCAUACACCAGGACAUUAACAGUAACGCCCAAACCAGUCAUCACAACCACAAGCAAGAUCAUCACACGCACAUUCGAUAGCUGGACAAGAACAGUCUCAACAAUCACAAAAACCGUCUACCCAACAUGCACCGUCCCGCCAAGACCCGAAAAUCCCGACCCAGAAUGCCGCAUCAAGCCAACAGUCAUUCCAAUCCCCAAAGGCCUCAGCAUCAACAUCAGCAAGAAAUCCAAGCGCGCAGACACACCGCUCAAUGCAGAACAACUCAGGAAAAGAUUCGAACAGCUCAAAGCUACCCGCGAACGUCUCGCCCUCGCACUCACACGACGCUCUCCCGACGCACCAACAAUUACAGAAACAGAUCCAGUCCCAGCUAGCACCACAACCACAUCCACAGCCCCCACGUCGACAUUCACGGACGUCAGCCUCACAACUUCGACAGCUACGAUCACCGAUCCACCUAAAACAGUGAAAAAGGGAACAAAAACUGUUACGACGACUUUGCCACCGAAGACCAGAACGAUUACGAAAAUCGGAUACACUAUCACCUAUAAAACGAAAACUAUGGCUAAGACUUGGACUUAUACGACUACAGCCACAGCUGCUGCUUCCGUCACUGCGUGUUUGAAGAAAGGAGGACAUUUCGGAAGUGUUUGGUGAUAGAGGGAGACAUGAGUUUUAUGAUUUAUGACUGGGAUAGAAAUGCUUUUUGAUGGAAACACCUAACCGCUACCUAAUGCUACUUUUACAGUUGAG